AUGACGAGCAACCAAGCAGCAUGGCUCGAUGGCAAAGAGCAGAAGCUCAGGGUGGCUUCCGCAGAUAUGCCCAAGGCCGAAGCUGACGACAUCGUCAUCAAGGUCUUCGCCACAGCCAUAAAUCCUGUUGAUUGGAAGAUUCAAGACUCAGGCUAUUUCGUUCAGACAUGGCCCAUGAUCAUUGGAGAAGAUGCUGCUGGAGAAGUGGUCGAGGUUGGCAGUAGUGUGCAACGGUUCAAGAAGGGCGAUCGUGUCACUGGGCACAAUAUCAGCCUUGCCAGUGGUCAGGCUGCAGACGGAGCUUUCCAGCUAUAUUCUCGCAUCAAGGCAGCCAAAGCAGCUCACUUACCAAGCAACGUCAGCUAUGCCUCUGGCUCUGUACUCCCAUUGGCCCUCGAUACAGCCGCAGUCGGACUGUACUCGCCGCUCGAGGGCGACAAGGGCAUGGGCCUGCCAAUGCCAUCACUGAGUCCUAAGCCGAGUGGCAAAACCAUUGUGGUCUGGGGUGGCAGCUCUUCAGUCGGCGCUCUCGUCAUACAGCUCGCUGUGGCUUCUGGAGUCAAGGUUGUUGCAGUCGCCAGCAGCCAAAACUUUGACUUCUGCAAGAAAUGUGGUGCUAGCGAGGUCUACGACUACAAGAAGGAUUCCAUCGUAGACGAUGUUGUCAACGGCGUCAAAUCAGUAGGUGGCGACUUUGUCGGCGUUUAUGAUGCUAUCUCGCUCCAAGACCAAUCAUACGAUAAAGUCCUGCCAAUCUGUGAGAAGCUCGGAGGAGGGGUCGUGCCUGUCGUACUUGGUGGACCAGAGAAGAAGCCGGCGAACGUGAAGACUGCACAGGUCUUUGGCAUCAAUGAGCUGACCCACAGUAUCUGGGAGAACUAUGUGACAUCAGCGCUCGAAGCUGGAAAGCUGCAGUGCUUGCCAGAGCCGAUGAUCGUUGGCAAGGGCCUCGGGAGUGUGCAGGCUGGGUUUGAUGCCAAUAAGAAGGGUGUCAGUGCGAAGAAGGUGGUGAUUGAGCUGAACUAA